CCGGAAGCUCCUCUGAAAAUGCUGAACUGCUCCCUGGAAGGGGCCGGUGCUCUGGUACUUGGGGUCUUUUCUCGGGCCUGAGCCCCGAGGCCAAGCUCCUGGGUGUCGUUGAUGUUCGGGGCGGCCAGGCGCCCACCGAUCGGAGCUCCACCCGCCCGCAACAACUGGCAUUUCAGUCGAACCAUGGAGGAACUGGUUCAUGACCUCGUCUCUGCCUUGGAGGAGAGCUCGGAGCAAGCUCGAGGUGGAUUUGCAGAAACUGGAGACCAUUCUCGGAGUUUAUCAUGUCCCCUGAAACGGCAGGCAAGAAAGAGGCGAGGGAGAAAGCGCAGGUCGUAUAACGUUCAUCACCCGUGGGAGACUGGCCACUGCUUAAGUGAAGGUUCUGAUUCCAGUUUAGAAGAACCCAGCAAGGACUACAGAGAAAAUCACAAUAAUAAUAAAAAGGAUCAUAGUGACUCUGAUGACCAAAUGCUAGUGGCAAAGCGCAGGCCAUCGUCAAACUUAAACAAUAAUGUUCGAGGGAAGAGACCACUGUGGCACGAGUCUGACCUUGCUGUGGACAACCUUGGGAACAGGACCCUGCGCCGGAGGAGGAAGGUCAAGCGCAUGGCAGUCGAUCUGCCACAGGACAUCUCCAGCAAACGGACGAUGACCCAGCCCCUGGAGGCUUGUAGAGAUCAGGACAUGGACGACAAGGCUUACCAGUAUCCAGAGUAUACCAAAAACAAAGUGAAGAAAAGGAGGUUGAAAAUAAUCAGACAAGGACCAAAAACCCAAGACGAAGGAGUAGUUUUAGAAAGUGAGGAGCUAAGCCAGACCAAUAAGGACAAAAUGGAAUACGAAGAGCAGAAAGUGUCAGAUGAGCUGAUGAGCGAAAGUGAUUCCAGCAGUCUCAGCAGCACUGAUGCUGGUUUGUUUACCAAUGAUGAGGGAAGACAAGGUGACGAUGAACAAAGUGACUGGUUCUACGAAAAGGAAUCAGGUGGAGCCUGUGGUAUCACUGGAGUCAUUCCCUGGUGGGAAAAGGAAGAUCCUACCGAGCUAGACAAAAAUGUGCCAGAUCCUGUCUUUGAAAGUAUCUUAACUGGUUCCUUCCCCCUAAUGUCGCAUCCAGGCAGAAGAGGUUUCCAAGCUAGACUCAGUCGUCUUCAUGGGAUGACUUCAAAGAAUAUGAAAAAAUCUGGUGGGACCCCAACUUCAAUGGUGACGGCUCCUGGGCCAGUCAAUAACAAGAGGAUGGUCCACUUCUCCCCAGAUUCUCAGCACCGUGACCAUUGGUUUAGCCCUGGGGCUAGGACAGAGCAUGGCCAGCAUCAGCUUCUGAGAGAUAACCGAGCUGAGAGAGGACACAAGAAAAACUGUUCUGUGAAAACAGCUAGCAGGCAAACAAGCAUGCAUUUAGGAUCCUUAUGCACAGGAGAUAUCAAACGGAGACGAAAAGCCGCACCUUUGCCUGGACCUACCACAGCAGGAUUUGUAGGUGAAAACGCGCAGCCAAUCUUAGAAAACAACAUUGGAAACCGAAUGCUUCAGAGUAUGGGUUGGACACCUGGGUCAGGCCUGGGCCGAGAUGGCAAAGGGAUCGCUGAGCCAAUUCAAGCCAUGCAGCGGCCAAAAGGAUUAGGACUCGGAUUUCCUCUGCCAAAAAGCACUACUGCAGUUCCUGCCCCUAGUGCAGGAAAACCCACCUAA